AUGAAAUUUGCAAAAGUUUUCCAACAAACACUAAUCGAGGAGGACAUUCCCGAUGACUGGAUAGAGGCAGCUAUCCAAUACAAAGUACUAAAGAAAUGUAUCGCGAGAGUAGUUAGAGAGCUCGAAUUUCUAGGAUUAUCACAGUAUGACCUCAAAUUAUUGCUUCAAAAUGAGGGCAACAAUGAAAUGAUAGAGCUCAAUGGCGAUCAGACUCUUGCGAAUAAUCCUAUAGUUGCCAAGUAUCUGUUAUCUAGAUCAAGGGAAUCGAAUGAAGUAAUCCCUUUUCUUAAGAUAACAAUAAACAACGAAAGCGAAGAGUAUUCAGACGAUGGAAUGAAUGAGCUAGUGCGCUUAAUUCGUUCCAAAGUAAAACGAGCCAUUGACCUGGACGUCGAGCACCGUCGCUUCAUGGAGGUCAAACAAGAAGGUGACAGCUUAGUUUUGUUACCAACAACAUCAAAUGGUACGGAUGGAUUGAUGACAGUAAAAGACAACGAGUUCGUGGUUAUGUUGAAAUCGGAUAUGGAGUUUUUUGGAAUGCUCAAUGCCGAACUAGAAACCCUAGAUAAUGUUCGGCAAGAGGAACAGGCUCAGCUUCUCCAAGAGAUUGAUGCAAUUGCCAGUCAAGUUACACUGCUAACAACAAGAACUUCAGAUCUAUAUCAUUGGCGAGAGCUAUUUAAAGUAUACCUCGAUUCUGAGAUUUUCUUUCGCUAUAACGAGACCGCCCUUAAGCAGCUGGAGCGAGGGGCAGAUCAAGUCAAGAAAAACCUUGAGAUCUUCAUGACGAAUGUUACCAUUGGUAAAAUUCUCGAAAAAAUGGCGAGAAAAAAAUCUGUCAACGCAUUUUAUCAGUUUGUGGCAGUCAAUGAACGUCUCUUAAAAGUUUUACAAUUUCAAUCAAUCAAUACCACAGCCCUUCGGAAGAUUUUGAAGAAGUUCGAUAAGCGGACUUCACUCAACAUUUCUUCGAAAUUUCCUGCGCUUAUCUCCAAAUACCACAUUUUUAUGUCUGGAUCAUCGUUGGCGCAAGAGAUAUGCUACGUGAUGCAAAACAACUUAUUAACUGUCGUGCCUCAAUUAGAUGAUUACUCAUGCCCAAUUUGUAUUGGCAUCGCUUUCAAGCCUAUUCGGUUAUCGUGUGGACAUUUGUUUUGUGUACGUUGCCUAGUUAAGAUGAAGCAAAGAGGUAAUACUGAUUGUCCCAUGUGUCGUUUAUCAAAAGCUAUAGCUUUGGCUGACUCGUCUAAUUUGGACACAAGCGCUAUGAAUGUUAUAAAGAAAUCUUUCCCAAGAGAAGUAAAGGAAAAAGUCAGAGAAGCUGAUAAAGAACGCUUUGGCCUAGUAAAGAUGCAACAUGAUUCGUACACCGGGUUUCGAAUCACACUCUCGCAUGAAGUGGCACUUAGAGUCGGCAGCAUGAGGAGUACGCAUAAUGAUCUUGAUGAUGGUAUAGAUAAAUAUUGA